AUGAAUCGUGGAGAAGAAGUUUCAGUUUCCAUCCCUAAUGAUCUCCUUUUCGAGAUAUCCUCGAGACUGCCUUUAAAGUCAAUCGCAAGGUUUCGUUGCGUGUCGAAGCAAUGGGGUUCCAUGCUUCGCCGUCCAGAUUUCACAGAGUUGUUCUUGACCAGGUCACGAGCUCGUCCACGCCUCUUAUUCGCCAUCGAAGGACAAGACAAUAAUUGGAGCUUCUUCUCUUCGCCUCAGCCUCAGAAUCCAGAUGAGAAGUUUUCUUCUCUUGUAGAUUUUCACAAGAAGUUCCCUCGAGAGAAUCUGAGGAUCACUUGUAGUAGACGUAGUCGUAAAGAUUCAUGUGGUUAUGCCUCUGGUUUGAUCUAUCUCCCUGAUAUGUGGUUCCCAAAGGAGAGUGAUACUAAUAGUGUGAUAUGUAACCCUAUCACGGGACAGUAUUGGAUCUUACCUGAACUCACAAGGCACAUUAGUUCGUAUAGCUUUUUAGGGUUUGAUCCGAUUGGCAAGCAACACAAGGUGUUGUUCAUGACUAACCUAGAUUCCGGUCAUAAAAUUCUAACGUUAGGAACUGGAAAACCUAAGCGGUGGAGGAAAAUCAUAUGCCCCUUAACCCAUGAGCCUGUAAGUGAAGGGAUAUGCAUCAAUGGGGUUUUGUAUUACUUAGCUAAGGUAGGAUAUGGUAUGAAGAUAGCUUGCUUUGAUGUUAGGUCUGAGGAAUUCAAGUUUAUUGACGAUAAAUCAUUAGAUUUUUUGGAUAUUAGUUUGAUAAACUAUAGGGGUAAAUUAGGUUUGCUUCGUCGGCGGCAUGAUGACAAUGAUGCCAUUAAGUUGUCUCUGUGGGUUCUAGAUGAUGUCGAGAGAAAGGAACGGUCGCAUUAUGUCCACACUUUGCCCGCGAAACUAGCAGUUCUUGUAUAUCACAAUAUUUUGUCUAUCGUUGGAGUGACUUGUACAGGUGAAAUUGUUUUUUCGAUGGUCUCUGCAUGUAAACCGUUCUUUGUUUACUACUUCAAUCCCGAAAGGAAGACUCUCCAAACUGUUGAAAUCAAAGGUGUUGGAGCUAACUAUGAAGUGUUUGGGUCUAGUUCCAGGGUUCACGCCUUUAUAGACCAUGUAGAGGAUCUCAAUUUGAUGACAUAA